ACCGUGUUGUGCCCUAUUACCCCAUACUCCAGGCCCUAUUGUAUGAACUGUAUGGACUGCAUGUUAUGUAUCUUCCUGUGAUCUUCACCAACCAAAACACCACAACGUGUCGAAACAUGCUUCAUCCUCUGCAUCGAUGAUAGCUUCAGAUCUUUCCUUUGUCUCCGCAAUUCCUACCAACUUACCCAUAUCUGCGUCUAUAAAAAGCUAUGACAUUAAUUACUACCUUACCAACCGAAAUGUCGAGCCCAACCCGGGAUUCACUCACUCCUAUUGCGCAGUCCUCUGGCUUCCACACCAUCACAUCUGCUACUGCUGUUGCUGCCAUCACUCAACUCCACAAUCCUCCCUCGCCUCAUACUCAUAGGGUCCUGCGUAAACUCCAAUCUGCACACAAUCUAGGCGCUGCCGCCAGAAUUUCCAACCAAAAUUCAAUGAUAUCUCAACAAAUUUUCCGAGAUCAACAAACCGACUCGUCGCGUCCACCUCGUAAUUCUCUUAACCGAUCUCCUCAAAGAAACCGAGCCAAUUCAGAUGCCGCCACACCCCCACCUGCAUUUCCUAAUAAUAUACUCAUGACUCUCAACAGCAAGAGAACUGCCUUGAGCAGGCCAUCGAGAAUAGCAGACACCAUGUCCCUGGAAAGAUUGAUCAGAGAUGGUCCACCCGAUGGCGAUGUUCGCGGCGCCUUAGCAAGUGCGCGUCUGAAGGUCUUGGAUCAGGGUAUUAAGAGCGAUAGCGAUGGAAUGUCGCGAACUAGAAUCUACGUUUGGUUGAUUUUCCUGGAUGCGCCCAUCCUUAAGACCGACGACUACCUUAGUCUCAUACAUCGAGGCGCGUCGCCAGCUUAUUCCAAAAUCCGCAACGAUACCUUCCGAACCUUGACUACCGAUCCUCUCUUCCGUCGUCGCGUUAGCGAGGCGAGCCUGAUCCGUCUUCUAAACGCCAUUGCCUGGAAGCUCCACGACGCGAAGGAAGAACGUCGCCCGACGAGCAGUCGAUUAUCCAUUUGCCAUACUGACAGUAUUAGUAGUAGCCGUAGCGAUAUUUCGCAGACAGAUACCUCGUCCCCAUCCGCAAGAAGCCGCGCUCGCGCUCUCACCCUCACAACGGAAGACUCCGAUGCGACCGCGUCAGAGCCGGGGACUUACGUACAAGGCAUGAAUGUAUUGGCCGCCCCAUUUCUAUAUGCCGCUCGAAGCGAAGUCGAGGCCUUUUCCGCCUUCCUCACACUAUUGACUAAGGAAUGCCCUGGAUAUAUUCGAGGCGCUAUGGACGGUGUUCAUCGUGGUUUAGCACUGGUGGACAAAGUAUUGGCCAUCGUGGAUCCCAAGCUGAGCCUUCACUUGACAUCCAAAGGUCUGUCUGCAGAGAUAUAUGCUUUCCCAUCGGUUCUUACCUUGUGCGCCUGCACUCCUCCACUGCCGGAAGUAUUGAAGCACUGGGACUUCUUGUUUGCAUACGGACCACAUCUGAACAUUCUUUGCAUCGUCGCACAGCUCAUCAUGAUGCGAAAUGAGCUUCUUUCCUCUAUUAACCCCAAUAAGCUUCUUCGAUCCUUUCCAGCGUUGCGCGCAGAAAUGGUAAAGCGAACCGCAUUGGCCAUUAUCAAGAUGAUACCCGACGAUGUUUACGCAGAGAUCGUGAGGCAUGCUCUAUAAUAGAGCGUUGAAUGAGACGAAGCCAUCACGAGCACGAGUAUUUCCCGACCGAUACGGCCCACAAACUUCGGCUAUGGGCCGAGCACUUUGUACCAACACCUAAGACGACCAGAAGCCGAGACUAGGAGAGAUUCUCGGCAUAAUGAGAUAUUACACGACCCAGCUUCCCCCCUUUCUCUAAGGCGAACCAUAAUAAUGAUGGAUUUCGGGCUUUAUAGAUUUCUCUCACGAUUGUGGAAACAAAAAAAACAUGGACUCCUUCUUUGCAUUACCUACGGGGAAAAGAGAAAAAUAAAAGGACGCAUGGAAAAAGAGGAAAAACAAAAAAUUCUUACGAUAUGAGAUAACGACGAC